UGUUGAGAUGCCUCCAUGGGUCGCCUUCGAUCCACAUGGCGGGGAACGCAGCGUGCUGGCGCGCUGGCUUCUCCUAUGCCAGCUGCUGUGGAAAGCCAGGUGGCAAUCCCGAGUGCUUCGAUGCGCUCUACACCUAUGAGGUGUGCUGCUUGAAUAGCGACUCGCAAGCUGUGAAUGCUUUGCCCCACGACUGCCACCUCAACGAUGAUUUGCAAAGCUUGCCUUUGAAGACGCGCUGUCUUGGCACUCCUGGAGGGCUCAGCAAGGCCGACUGGGACGUGUUCUUCUUGGCACACCAGCUAUCACAGACGCUUGGGUCUUCGUACAAGGGAUGGCCAGACCUGCCUUUGCUGCUUUCGAAAGCCAACGCCAGCGGCAGCGUCUUGGAGG